GGGAGGCCGAGCAGCGCCCUCCUUCUCCUUCCCUGAGAGCUGAGGCUGUAGCUCUGGCUGGCUCUGGCUGCACACUGGGCCGCAGAGGAUCCCACAAGGAUGAAGAAAUGGAGCAGCACAGACUCGGGGGCGGCUGCGGACCCACUCCAACAGGACACCUGCCCAGACCCCCUGGAUGGAGACCCUAACUCCAGGCCACCUCCAGCCAAGCCCCAGCUCUCCACGGCCAAGAGCCGCACCCGGCUGUUUGGGAAGGGUGACUCGGAGGAGGCUUUCCUGGUAGAUUGUCCUCACGAGGAAGGUGAGCUGGCCUCCUGCCCGACCAUCACAGUCAGCCCUGUUAUCACCAUCCAGAGGCCAGGAGACGGCCCCACUGGUGCCAGGCUGCUGUCCCAGGACUCUGUUGCCGCCAGCACCGAGAAGACCCUCAGGCUUUAUGAUCGCAGGAGUAUCUUUGAAGCUGUUGCUCAGAAUAACUGCCAGGAUCUGGAGAGCCUGCUGCUGUUCCUGCAGAAGAGCAAGAAGCACCUCACGGACAACGAGUUCAAAGACCCUGAGACAGGGAAAACCUGUCUGCUGAAAGCCAUGCUCAACCUGCAUGACGGGCAGAACGACACCAUCCCCCUGCUCCUGGAGAUUGCGCGGCAGACGGGCAGCCUAAAGGAGUUUGUCAACGCCAGCUACACGGACAGCUACUACAAGGGCCAGACAGCGCUGCACAUCGCCAUUGAGAGGCGCAACAUGGCCCUGGUAACCCUCCUGGUGGAGAAUGGAGCAGACGUCCAGGCUGCGGCCAAUGGGGACUUCUUUAAGAAAACCAAAGGGCGGCCUGGAUUCUACUUCGGUGAACUGCCCCUGUCCCUGGCUGCGUGCACCAACCAGCUGGGCAUCGUGAAGUUCCUGCUGCAGAACUCCUGGCAGCCGGCCGACAUCAGCGCCAGGGACUCGGUGGGCAACACGGUGCUGCACGCCCUGGUGGAGGUGGCCGACAACACGGCCGACAACACCAAGUUUGUCACGAGCAUGUACAAUGAGAUUCUGAUCCUGGGGGCCAAACUGCACCCCACGCUGAAGCUGGAGGAGCUCACCAACAAGAAGGGAAUGACGCCACUGGCUCUGGCUGCUGGGACCGGGAAGAUCGGGGUCUUGGCCUAUAUUCUCCAGAGGGAGAUCCAGGAGCCCGAGUGCAGGCACCUGUCCAGGAAGUUCACCGAGUGGGCCUACGGGCCCGUGCACUCCUCGCUGUACGACCUGUCCUGCAUCGACACCUGCGAGAAGAACUCGGUGCUGGAGGUGAUCGCCUAUAGCAGCAGCGAGACCCCUAAUCGCCACGACAUGCUCUUGGUGGAGCCGCUGAACCGACUUCUGCAGGACAAGUGGGAUAGAUUCGUCAAGCGCACCUUCUACUUCAACUUCUUGGUCUACUGCUUGUACAUGAUCAUCUUCACCAUGGCUGCCUACUACAGGCCUGUGGAUGGCUUGCCUCCCUUUAAGAUGGAAAAAACUGAAGACUAUUUCCGAGUUACUGGAGAGAUCCUGUCUGUGUUAGGAGGAGUCUACUUCUUUUUCCGAGGGAUUCAGUAUUUCCUGCAGAGGCGGCCAUCGAUGAAGACCCUGUUUGUGGACAGCUACAGUGAGAUGCUUUUCUUUCUGCAGUCACUGUUCAUGCUGGCCACCGUGGUGCUGUACUUCAGCCACCUCAAGGAGUACGUGGCCUCCAUGGUGUUCUCCCUGGCCUUGGGCUGGACCAACAUGCUCUACUACACCCGUGGCUUCCAGCAGAUGGGCAUCUACGCGGUCAUGAUAGAGAAGAUGAUCCUGAGAGACCUGUGUCGUUUCAUGUUCGUCUAUGUCGUCUUCUUGUUCGGGUUUUCCACAGCGGUGGUGACGCUGAUUGAAGACGGGAAGAACGACUCCCUGCCGUCUGAGUCCACCUCGCACAGGUGGCGGGGGCCUGGCUGCAGGCCCCCCGAUAGCUCCUACAACAGCCUGUACUCCACCUGCCUGGAGCUGUUCAAGUUCACCAUCGGCAUGGGCGACCUGGAAUUCACCGAGAACUACGACUUCAAGGCUGUCUUCAUCAUCCUGCUGCUGGCCUACGUCAUUCUCACCUACAUCCUCCUGCUCAACAUGCUCAUCGCCCUCAUGGGCGAGACGGUCAACAAGAUCGCACAGGAGAGCAAGAACAUCUGGAAGCUGCAGAGAGCCAUCACCAUCCUGGACACGGAGAAGAGCUUCCUCAAGUGCAUGAGGAAGGCCUUCCGCUCAGGCAAGCUGCUGCAGGUGGGAUACACACCCGACGGCAAGGACGACUACAGGUGGUGCUUCAGGGUGGACGAGGUGAACUGGACCACCUGGAACACCAACGUGGGCAUCAUCAACGAAGACCCGGGCAACUGUGAGGGCGUCAAGCGCACCCUGAGCUUCUCCCUGCGGUCAAGCAGAGUUUCAGCCAGACACUGGAAGAACUUUGCCCUGGUCCCCCUUUUAAGAGAGGCAAGUGCUCGAGAUAGGCCCUCUGCUCAGCCGGAGGAAGUGCACCUGCGACAGUUUUCAGGGUCUCUGAAGCCAGAAGACGCUGAGGUCUUCAAGAGUCCUCCCGCUUCUGGAGAGAAGUGAGGACCUCACACAGACAGCACUGUUCACGCUGGGCCUUAGGAGACCCCGCUGCCACGGGGGGCUGCCGAGGGAACACCCGUGCUCUGUCAGCAGCCUGGCCUGGUCUGUGCCUGCCCAGCAUGUUCCCAAAUCUGCACCGGACAAGCUGUGGGAAGCGUUGGAAGCAUGGGGAGUGAUGUGCAUCCAACUGUCCCUGUCCCAAGUGCAUCUCCUAACAGGCUUUCGAGGUUUUACUCACUUUCCUAAACAGUGUGGACGGUCAGUCUCUACUGGGACAUGUUAGGCCCCUGUUUUCUUUGAUUAUAUAUA